GCUGGUCUUUCCUUCCUGAGGUGCAGCUGGCUCAUACGUCUGUUCCUGCUGCCCCUCGGUCUUGUACUCUCCAAGAUGCCCAUGCAGGCCUCUGCCGAGACCUAGGUCCUCCCUCUCCUGGGGCCAGACAUUCAGCGGUGAGGAGUCCAAGGAGAGUCCUGGGAGACCAGAAAGCCUCUGUUCAGUCCCUGUCCCUGCACCCUACCUGGCCUGUGGGAAGCCUCCAGAAGCGGCAAGACGCUGGCUGUUCCAUCUGCUCAUAAGAACAGCUGCCACCGGUGCCCAGGGGAUGACUGGAGGCCGGACCACAGGCCGCCAAAAGAAGGCUACUCCGCUUAGAGACGCAGACCAUGUGGGGCUCCCAACAGCUGCUUGUGGCAUGGUGUCUAGUGUUGGCAGCAGGUGGUACUGAGCAUGUCUACAGGCCCAGCCGCAGAGUGUGUGCCGUGGGAGUUCCCGGAGGCCCUGUCUUGCCUGUCUUGGAGUCCUUUGUGCAACGUGUCUAUCAGCCUUUCCUCACCACUUGUGAUGGGCACCGAGCUUGCAGCACUUACCGAACCGUCUACCGGACUGCCUAUCGCCGCCGCAGCCCUGGGCCGACUCCCGCCAGGCCUCGCUAUGCCUGCUGCCCCGGUUGGAAGAGGACCAGUGGGCUCCCUGGGGCUUGUGGAGCAGCCAUAUGCCAGCCUCCAUGUGGGAAUGGAGGGAGUUGCAUCCGCCCAGGCCACUGCCGCUGCCCUGUGGGAUGGCAGGGAGAUACUUGCCAGAUAGAUGUGGAUGAAUGCAGUACCGGAGAGGCCAGUUGUCCCCAGCGUUGUGUCAAUACCGUGGGCAGUUACUGGUGCCAGUGCUGGGAGGGGCAAAGCCCAUCUGCAGAUGGAAUGCAUUGCCUGCCCAAGAAGGGGCCCUCUCUGGUGGCUCCAAACCCCACAACAGGAGUGGACAGCAUGGUGAGGGAGGAGGUGCACAGGCUGCGGUCCCGGGUUGAUGUCCUGGAGCAGAAACUGCAGUUGGUGCUGGCCCCACUGCACAGCCUGGCCUCUCGGGCCACAGAGCAUGGGCUGCAAGACCCUGGCAGCCUGCUGACCCACUCCUUCCAGCAGCUGGACCGCAUUGAUUCACUGAGUGAGCAGGUCUCCUUCUUGGAGGAGCAGCUGGGGUCCUGUUCUUGCAAAAAAGAUCUGUGAUGGUAUCUCACCUCCCAGGCUGGACUGAGCUGCCGCCUCUAUGUCCCCUUCCAGCCAGACUUCAGGUGCUAUUUGGUGGUGCCUGCGAGCAAAAGGCCCUCUUUCUCAGGAGGUUCCUAGGACAGGUGCAUGGGGAGUGGGGUCUUUCCAGAAAAGGUACGAGAGCACCCUGUCCAGAGGUGAGGUCAGGAUUGUCCCCAUCUUUGUCAUAAUAAAGCUGGGACUUAA